UGGGCCCCAUGUCUCUCUCUGUCACUCUCUCACUCUGAGCCCUGCCUGACGGUGUCUGCCCUCUCGUAUCUGAGCUGCCCACACCCUAGAGAGGUGGAGCCUCCAUGUUCUUGUGCAUUGGAUCUGAGUGAGGCACCAGUUGCAGGGUGAGUCUCUUUGGCCGAGGUGUCUGCUGCCCUCCAUGGCCCAAUGAUCCAGCAACCCAACCCUACCCAACACCUGCUGGUCUGACAAGUCUCAGGUUGAAGCUACCUAGAGGCCUGGUUACCCUUUCUGUGGUUUCUACUGACCACUAAGAAAAAAUAGGAUUUCUAACCUCAACCUUUUCCCUUUGGAUCCGAGACGCGGUGGUUGAAGACACCAACCAUGGCUGAUAAACUAGGUCUGGCUGUGGGGGACGAUACUGCGACCAUCAUGGCGCUAUUGGAGCGUGUGGCGGGCAUCAUCGACAAUGUGCAGACGUGCCAGACGCGUAUGGAGGAGAGGCAGCUCGAGCUGGAGAACAGUGUCAAGACCAUCCAGGAGGACGUGGUGAAGCUGACGGUAAACCAUGCUGCCACCAGCAGCACAGUGGACAAGCUUCUGGAGAAGACGCGCAAGGUCAGCUGCCACAUCAAGGACGUCCGUGUACGGGUAGAGAAUCAGAACAUCCGCGUCAAGAAGGUGGAAACCACCCAGGAGGAACUGUUGGCCAAGAACAAGUUCCGGGUUGUUAUCUACCAGGGGGACAGUGAGGUGUCAGCUGUGGCAGCCGGAAAGAAACCCAAAGAACCCAAGGAUCCUAAGGAACCCAAACCGUCUGUGGCCGAAGUGGAGCCAGACCACUUUGAGCUCCCCCCUGAGUCUGAUGAUGAGUACAUGGUGGUGGAGGAAGCCUCGUCCACGGCCGCUAAGAUGAAGAAAUCAGGCCUAACCCGCAUGGAGAGCUUCAAGUCCACCUUCUCCCGCGUGAACAUGACCAAGACGAAAGAGAACAUGAGCAGCAAGGUUGGCCAGAUGGGGGAGCGCAUCGUAUCAACCGAGCGUCGGCAGAAGAUCCGCCAGUCUGGGGAGAGGCUCAAGCAGUCCGGCUCACGGCUUAAGGAAUCCAUUGCCAGCCAUGUGCCAGCCAAACUAAAGAAGGAGAGGACUGUGGCGGAGGGCCAGGAGGGGGCUGUGGGGGUCACCGAGGACGCCACACCCGUCCCGCCACCCAAGGGCCACAAAUCCAUCAGCCCUAAGCUCGCUGAGGAUGGCGUAGAGGAGGAGGUGCCGAUGCAUGAUAUUAAACAGCUCUCCUAAACCAGCGUUCAAUCAAACGGAAAACAGCAACAUGCAGGUUUUUCUUUUCAUCUUUUUUUCUUUUUGAAGGAUUGGCCUGUGACCGAUAGUCCCAUAAACAGGCCAAUUAGGGUUUCAACACAAUGAGUUUAUAUAAUCCACACAACAUUUUGAAGUCGUCUUUGUUUUGGAAAUUCAAUGAUUUAUAUACAUUUACAUUUACGUAAUUUAGCAGACGCUCUUAUCCAGAGCUACUUACAAAUUGGUGCAUUCACCUUAUGAUAUCCAGUGGAACAACCACUUUACAAUAGUACAUCUAUAUCUUUUUUUUGGG